AUGGACCCAACCACCCUUUCCAGUAACUGGAAGAAGCUACAGGCCACACUCAAGAAAAGCGGUGCCGCCACGGGCACGUCAGCGGUCAAACGCAAGGCCGCCGACCGCGACUCCGGGACGGGGUCUGUGAAGAAACGGAAGUUUGUCGAGAAAGACCAGUCCAAGGCCCGAGUCUCCCAGUCCACAUUCAGGAAACGGAAGAUGUUGGACAGAUCCACCACUGUCAGUGCCGCUGCCACCGAAUCGGGUCCAACAGCUGCCCGGAGAAGAUCAAGCACGGCUACGUCUACCCCCACGGUCACAGUAUCACGGAAUGCAAAGGUGAAUGAGGGCCGUUCUCCCAGUGCGGAGAUCGGAAAAUACAUUGCGAUGGAUUGCGAGAUGGUGGGCGUGGGCCCCAACCCCGACAAUGACUCGGCUCUCGCUCGUGUCAGUAUCGUCAACUUCAACGGAGACCAGGUCUACGAUUCAUAUGUGCGACCGAAGGAGAUGGUGACCGAUUGGCGCACGCAUGUCAGUGGCAUCGCCCCCAAGCACAUGGUGGAAGCCCGGACGCUGGAACUGGUGCAGAAAGAGGUGGGUGAGAUCAUGGAUGGACGCGUACUGGUGGGCCAUGCAGUCAGCAAUGAUCUGGAUGCCCUGCUCUUGAGCCACCCGAAGCGCGACAUUCGCGAUACCAGCAAGCAUCCCGAAUACCGCAAGAUCGCUGGCGGUGGAUCUCCGCGACUGAAGAUGCUGGCGGAGCAUUUCCUGGGCCUGAAGAUUCAAGACGGGGCGCAUUCGUCGGUGGAGGAUGCUCGGGCGACCAUGGCCCUGUACCGUCGGGAGAAGGAUGCGUUUGAACGGGAGCAUUUGAAGAAAUGGCCCAUCCGCAACGCACCGGUCAGUUCGGGGACCGAGGACCAGAAGAAGAAGAAAAAGAAGAAGAAGACCACGCGCAAGCGCUGA